AUGAGUUUUUUAGUUGACUUCGGGGCAGACAUCUCAGUCAUACCCAUAUCAACGAAAUUAGCUCGAGCUCGCCCAUCAUCUAUAUCAUUGUUUGCCGAAAAUGGUUCCACCGUACAAACGUAUGGUGAAGUCAUGCUUAAACUCAACUUAAACUUACGCCGUGAAUUCCUCUGGAAUUUUAUUAUCACCGACGUCUCGCAAGGCAUACUUGGCGCUGAUUUCCUUGGCCAUCAUGGUUUGGUGGUCGACUUGCAAGGGCAGCGCCUUGUUGAUCGCACUACUUUGGUAAAAACACCGUGCUCAGUUACGCAACAUAAUUUUACGAGCAUUUCCACAAUCAAUACCACCCAAAAUUUUUCUGAUAUUUUAAAAGAGUUUUCGGAAAUCACCUGUCCAUCACGACCGGGAAUACGAACAAACGCUUCAGUAGCUCAUCACAUUUCCACCACUGGUCAAGCUUGGUUUUUGUCGUCCUUCGAACAGCAGCUGGGCCAGCCCCCUGCAUUUAGUGCGUAA